GAUCAGUAACGGUUUCAAACGCAUUCAUUCCACCACGAAGAGCGCAAAGAGGUCAAAGGCCCUCUCUGAGCGCCUUUUGUUUGUCCUGGAUUAACUUCGCAGUCUCCAUGGCACAGUAAUUGUCAAACAAUAGCUAAAUUGUUGUUCGCUUGAAUGAUGACAAAGCCGACUUAACAACAUUCCAACACAAAGCGCAGAUCAAAGAUCAAAACAAUACAAAAAAUGUGCUGUGUUAUGAAAAAGUGAACUUGUUUCUUUAAAAUUUAUUUAUUUGAACUUCCUUAAAUCAAGAUGUUUAUCACGGUGAGAUUUGGAGACUGUCAAGAAGCUCUCUUUAACCCAAACUGUUUGACAAAGGUUCUUCUGGAGGACAUUAAGAAAAGGUGUCGACGAGAUAGAGAAGAGGUAAUCGACUUGUCAGAUGAGUCGGGUAAUCUGAAAAAUUUGCUUGAACAUAAAGGCGAUUACGCUACACAGCAUCUAAAAGCGAGGCACUCAUUUAUCCUCAUCAAAGUUGAUAGAAAAGAAGGAGAAGAAACAUACACUCCCCUACUAAAUGACAUCAAGACAAUAACAUCAUCUUUUCUGCUUGUUUUGGCUUUGUUCCCAGAACAUCUCAGCAGACCUCAAAGCAGCCAAAGUACUGUGUCCCCACCAAGUCGCCAGAGCAGGCGUAAAUCAAGUGCUAACUGGACAAAAGCAAGAACAAGUUUAGCUUUGAGUGGUGACCUUAGAAAGAGAUCAAGAGUCAGAAAAUAAUCCUAGAAUUGACAGCAUGGACAAGGGAAUAAGAAGUUGGAUUAUGAUACAGUUUCUUCCCUUGAGCACUGAUUCCCAAUUCAAAUUCUCUUUUAUUCAUAUAAAGUUCAAUUUUCUAAGCCUACAUGAUAUUUAUUCCUUCUGUGGAAAGGGCCCUUGUAAACUUCAUGAAAUCCAGUAUUUACAUUUUUUUUAUUUUUGAUAUUGUUAAUAGCAAGGACACAUGCCUCCAUAUCGAACAUAUCAAUCAUACAGAUUAGGCAUUUUUGUCAGUGUCUGAGCAACAGCGCACCUACCCUCUCUCCCUUAAGCCAACAACAGUCCACUGAUAACAAGGUAGGGUUAACAUUUAGUUAGGGGAGGGGUGGGUGUGCAAUUGGUCAGAUUCUGAUGGAUGAGUAUAUCGUAACAACACUAUAUCAUAUGGUCAAAGUGUUCUGGUAAACUUUCAUAUCAUAUUCAGCAUGUAAAAAGGAAAACUCCACACUAAAAACAUCCAAUGUCAAUAGGGUACCCUGGAUACAAAAUCUUUCUGUUAGACUUUUAUUUUCUCCAAAAUCAACACAUGCACUGACAUGUUCAUAUAAUUUUUGAAGGUGGAUAUAUUUGAAUGACUUUAUACAAUAUCAGCAAAAUGUAACAUUUAUAAUAAAGAAAUAUUGUUUGAUUAUUGAA